CUGUCACCUCCUCCAUUGUGAAAAGAGCAACAUGCUUGGGUGAUGCUUCACCAGCUCUACACAGAAUAAAAGGGCUCCUUAUCCACAGCCUUCUCAGAAUCUCUCUGCUUUCCUUUGCAUCGGGUCAAAUUUCUGCCGAGAUGUCCUGCCAGCAGAACCAGAAGCAAUGCCAGCCUCCUCCCAAGUGCCCCUCCCCCAAGUGCCCUCCAAAGAGCACAGCACAGUGUCUGCCUGCAGCCUCUUCCUGCUGUGCUACAAGCUCUGGGGGCUGCAGUGUCCCCAGCUCUGAGGGAGGCUGCUUCCUGAGCCACCACAGGCGCAGGUCCCACAGAUGCAGGCACAGGAGCUCCUCCAGAUCCUGUGACCGUGGCAGUGGCCAGCAGUCAGGGGACUCAGGCUGUGGGCACAGCUCUGGGGGCUGCUGCUGACCUGGAUCCUGAGGCUGAGACGACAGAGUUCGAGGAAACAGAGAACACCAAACAGUAGCCCCAUCAUGACCUGUUAUUUCUCAGACAUCCUAAUCACUCUUGGGCUAAGUGUUCUUGUGCUCUUCUGAUGAAUUCUCCAAAACCUUGGUUAUCUUCUCAUUCUGAUGAUUACAUUGCCUGUGUCUAGCCAUGUAGGUGAAUAAAACUGUCAACAGCA